AUGUACAAGGACACCAUAGCCUAUGUUUUUGAUUCCGAGCAAUCCGACCUUUUUGUUAAGGUUCUGGUGCCUCCACGAGACUUCCCUUAUCCCAUGCCUAAGGGAUCUGUUGCACUACUCGACCCUUCUCGCCUUCCCAAAGAUAACACAGUGACCGACAUCCUUCACAACAAGGAAGUUGUAGGAUCCUUAUACAAAGGAGAAAAGAACUACAAGGGACUUCUACAGAAGAACUGCCAUCGGUAUCUCCUAGAAUUUGUGGCCUCUCCUCACGUCGACGAUAUUCGAUGGCAUGUGCAGUCCGGGUGGGACACAUCCUUUGUGCAAAAAACAAUUGUGACAUUUUCAAUGCAGUUCCUGCAUGUAGGUGAUGUGGUCACGAUUGUUAAAGGAAAAGUACGCUCAGAGAUCGUACGAGUUGUAGCGGGUGCAUACUUGGGCUUGGAAGGACAUCUCAUUCAAAUAUCAGAGGAUAUAUUCCACAUUCGUCAAGAUAUCUCUAAGGAAGAGGUGCAAGUGUCAAGACACUACUUAGAUCGUCGUCCUAUAAAUCACACAUUUCAACCACGACUAUCAAUGCUGCAACAUUACGAGCCUCCUCACGACGAUGAAUCCAUCCAAGUCGGAGACCAUAUAGAAGUACUUGCGGGAGAACAUAUGGGGAAAUGCGGAAUUGUAUCAUGGUUUCCUGUAGGAGCAAUGCAGCUGUGGUUCCACGAUUUGUCCCCAAUCUUCAAUGAGGACGAAAUCGAGCACAAAAGGGGUUAUGAUGUAAGGCCUGGAGAUGUCGUCAGUGUCACUCACGGACCGGACUAUCAGACCAAGGGCGUCAUGCAGAGCGUCAACUUCCCCAAGGCAUGUUUGACACUACUAUCUGAGAGUGAUCAGUCGCUCAUCGACAUUCCGAUCAGAUUUGUGGCCAAAAUACACAACGCGCCUUUGGAUUCAUUUCGAAAGAUCAUCAAUGACGAAGUGUUUCUGAUUGGAGGCGACUGA